CGUACAAAACACCCCCCUCUUCGAAUAAAAAGUUAAUAAAUUAAUUAAAUACUUUUUCAAUUAAACUAAAUUCAACGUUAAUUGUUCUCGUCGCAGUGGUCGGUGUUCGCAAGUGGUUGAAAUAAGCAAUGGUAACUAGGGAUGGUAAAAUAUCGACAUCGAAAUCCAACCUUGUCAACGUUAUCGCUCUCGUACGCAGGGAAAAAAUAAAUUUAGCAACAAAAGCAUAUUUAGCAGCCAAGUAACCGUGCUGAACGCCGACAAUAUUGCUUUUUUUGGCCAGAAAACGUGUUAAAAGUGCGCGAAUAUAUCAAUAAAUUAGCCCAAGCAAAGGAAAAAGGCAAAGUUUCGUGCGUAUCAUCGUUCGUCGACCAGGAGUCUUGGUGCUGGCAAUUGGCUUGCGCUCCCCAAUCUAUUAUGAACAACAAUAGUAAGCGGAAAACUCGACCUAGUGGAGGAGGUGGCGGUGGCGGAGCCAGCGGCGGCAUCUCAAGAUACAACGCCAACGACAACAGUCUGAGACCAGCGAACAAUAAGUCAGGUGCGGGUGGAAACGGUGCAGGAGCAGGAGGACCAGCAACAAUUCGACCGGUGGCGCAGGGCGUCUAUAAUAACACGUUUUUCAUGCACUCGGCUACGGCGCUGGUGGGCAGCGUUGUGGAGGUGGUCCUGCGUUCGGGUAAUAUCUACGAAGGCGUAUUCCGUACAUUCUCGGGCAAUUUUGACAUCGCACUGGAGCUACCGGCGUGCAUUAAGUCCAAGAAUCUUCCGGAAGAGGGCAAGGUGCCAAAACACAUUAUAUUCCCGGCCGACACUGUGGUUAAAAUCGUGGCGAAGGACUUUGAUUCGCAGUACGCCACCGCUGGCGCUUUUCAGACCGAUGGAGCCAUCUCUGACAAGUGCAAUGGUGCGCGUUUGGACGAGAAGGAGCUGGAGCCAUGGGACUCUGGCGCCAAUGGAGACGUUGAUAUAGAGCUGGAUGGCGCUGCCAAUGGCUGGGAUGCCAAUGAGAUGUUCCGCAAAAAUGAGCAUACAUUCGGGGUAACUUCCACUUUCGACGACUCUCUGGCCACGUACACGAUCCCAUUGGACAAGGGGGAUACGCUGGAGUUCAAGGAGGCCGAAGCAAAGGCUGAAAAGCUGGCAGCCGAAAUUGAAAACAAUCCGACGUGCCGCGACCGUCUGGACUUGGAGAAUGGUGACGAGGAGGCGCUCUUUGCUGCUGUCGAGCGCCCGGAGCAGGACCAUCGCCGCGAUGGUGACAGGGAGCAGCGCGAGCGCAAUGAUCGCGACAGGGAGCGUGAGGAGCGCGACAGGGACCGUGACCGUGAUCGUGGCAACAAGACGACGCGUGGCGCUUCUGACUUCCAGCUGCGCGAGACCAUGAGCAGCGAUCGGUACAUUACCAAGCAGACGCGCGGACCGCAGAUGUCGCAUGUGGGCAUGUCCUCGCAGGGUGGCGGCGGCGGCGGUGGUGGUCGCGAUCGUGAUAAUGGUCUUAUGAUGCCCGGAGUCAUUACUGGCGGCGGGGCUGGCCAGGGCGGCGCUACGCAGUCGGCUGCAGUUCUAUUGCUUGCAGGCGGCCUGAAGACCUCUGGGCCAGCCUCGUCCGCCAAUGCGGCCGGCAUGGAUGCCUCCGGCAAGUAUUCGAUGGUUAAGCGCAAGACUGUACCCCAAGGGGGCAAAGUAAUGCGCGGAAAUGUGCCCCCCAGCAGUGGCGGCAAUAUCUCUGGUGUCCAAGGUGGCGGCGGCAACGGCAAUCCUGUGGGCCAGAGCAAGGGCGGCUAUCAGCCCACCAUGGUCAUGCAGAACCAGUAUGCCUAUCAGGGCAACUCGCAAAUAAUUCACGGGUCCUCUCAAUACCGCAACCCAUCUCACAUGAGCGGCGGCCCCUCCAAGUUGAACGGCGACUCGAACGCCAAUACCAAUAAGCCGCUGCCCCAGCGACAGAUACGCCAGUACCAAGGCUCUCAAAGCAAUUCGCUCAACUAUGGAGGAGAUCCGCAGCCGAUGGGCAAGCCCAUGCAUAGCUCCCAUGGCGGUCAUCCUGGCCAAAAUAGCAACUCACCGCCGCUGCAGACGGGUGGGCAGCCGCAACAACAGCAACAACAGCAGCAGCAGCAACCGCCGCAACAGCAGCACCAGAAUAUGGCGCCACAGGGGCAGCCGCAACCCCAGCCGCAACCCCAGCCGCAACGUCAGAUGCGGUCUCGCGAUAAUCAGCUACAGGAUGUGCGACAGGAUCUGCGACAGUUUAGCCAGGACUUCCAGCUGGCUCCAACAAAUAAUUCACCGCCACAGCAGCCGCCGCAGCAGCAGCAACAGCAGCAGGUGCAGGUUCAGGUGCAGCAGCAGCAACAGCGUGCUCUUCUGCAAUCGGCCUCGCCGCCACAGCAGCAGCAGCAGCAACAACAGCAACACGUGCCCAUGCAGCACCAAGUGCCACCGGCUCAUCUGCAUCAGGCGCCUCUAUCACAGCCACACUAUGUGCCUCAACAGCAGCAACAGCCGCCGCCUCCCCAACAGCAGCAGCCGCAGCAGCAUGUACCGUUGCACUUGCAACAGAAAGCUCAGCAGCCGCCACAGCAGCAGCAGCAGCAGCUGGUGGAGGCCCAGCACCAGCUUGUGCCUAAACAGCAUCAACAGCCACCAGCGCAACAGCAGCAGCCACAGCUGGCGCCGGAGCCAUCUCAGCCGCAGCCUAUAUACCAUCCAAUGCCACCGCCACAGACGUCUCCGGUGGUGAUCACCUCGCCGGUCCUGCUGGAGGCGCCGCCGCCACAGAUUCUGACGGCCCAACAGCCGCAGCAGCCCCAACUGGCGGCCACACCCAAGCCAGAUGCCUCGCCGGCACCUGGCAGCAACACGACAACUCCCACUGGCAUAGCCAGUACGCCCACGACGGCGGCUGCCUCCAGUGCUGGGUCCGAGAAGUCCACGCCUGCUGCUGCAUCGAGUGGUGCCACUAGUGGAACCGCAGCCCCUGCUGUUGGGGCAGCUGGUGGGGCUGCUGGUGCCAGCGGAAGUACGCCUGUGGUGAAGAAACCGCAUGUGCUCAAUCCUUCGGCCAAGCCGUUUACUCCCAGGGCUGGGGCCGGCACGCCCAAUCCCUCGCGACCCCAUACCCCACAGACGCCGGUGCCGAUGCAGGGCAUUUAUACGACCACGGGCGCACAUGUACCGCCGGCGGCCAAUCAGUCCAUUUACGUUGUGCAGCAGCAGCAUCCAUUCCCGCAACCCACACACCCACAGGCCGGACAGCCACCGCGCCUUCGUCGCAAUAAUUAUGCCCCAAUGAGCGCAUCGCAGAUGCAUGUCUCGGCAACUACGGCCACUGGACAGCCACUGAUGGCCGCCGGUCCCAUGCCGCAGUUCAUCCAAUACCCGCACGCACCACAAACACAUUUCCAAUCACAGGGAUAUACGCACAUGCCGAUGCGAUUGUAUCCGGAGCAACAGCAGCUGCAGUUCCUGACACAGACGCCACAGUCGACCACGCCAUCGCCAGGACAGCCGCAUCAGCCGUUCCAUCCGCCACCACAGCCCUCCCCUGCCGGCGGGGGACCACAGCAGGCAUACACGCCGACCACACCGCACACAUACCAGUUUAUGUGCCUGCAUUCCCCACAUGUCAUACCCAAUCCAUAUUUCCCAACGCAGCCAACGCCACAGCAUGCGCAGCAAAAUCCACAGUAUCAGAUCGUGAUGCAGCAGCAUCAUGCACAGUGAGGAUGCCACCCCAACAGCAACAACAACAGCAGCAGUAGCAGCAGUGGUAAUGGGGGGCGGCAGGCAUUGUCGCUGUAAGGAACGGAAUCUGCACUGUACGGGCAGCCACAUCCAGUCAUCAACAAGCCACAUUUACACACCACAUAGCCACACCAGCAUAAAAAAAUCGCUAAACCACCAUCAUAACCGCAUUCAACAUUUGAGUAGGCGCGCGCGCGGCUUUUGUAGUCGCUCCAAGCGAUCCCCACACACACAACACAUCCCCCAUUCACCCAUCCACCCAUCCCAUACAACACAAUUAUAUGCCAUGUGCAGGAGCGGUUCAUUCUGUAGCACAUCUCACAGACAGACAACAAAAACAACAACAACUAGGAAAUUAUAAAAUACAAUUAAAACAAAAAAGGAAACUAGUAAAUUUUGAAAUUGCAAGACUUCUACAGCGCACGGAAGCCAACAAACAACAACAAGAACA